UGCAAGGUGAAGAUGGAGGGAUCGUAUCGUCGCAAGUGUCUGUCGAGAGUUAAAGUUCAGGUGCUCUGGGAGCUGAACAAUUACAUUGACUCGUAUUCCUCCAGCUCAAGCUCGACCACUGUUUUAUUUAGUACUUGCCUCUGAGUGAAGUUCAUAGGCCUGGCCCAGACUGUCAGCUCCUCAAAGACGGCUCAUCCCCGCGUCCGCAAACCGCCCAAGCCUUAGGCCUCACCCAUAGUAUACGAGCAUGGCCGACUCGCAAGAACAAGAACAACAAUGGGAGUUGUCAGAAGAGGGCUGUCAUGUCUCAUUGACGCAUGACAACCUAAACGUCAAUACAAUCAUGGACCGCGUCCGCAGCCCCUCGGCAGGCGCCAUAGUUCUAUUCGCAGGCACCACGCGCGACAACUUUGCCGGUAAACCUGUGCACUCGUUGACCUAUACAUCCUAUCACCCCCUCGCCCUACGCACGCUCCUCUCCAUCGCCACAUCCAUCAAAGCCACCCACGGCCUCACCGGCAUCGCCAUCACCCACCGUCUUGGGCCCGUGCCCAUAGGCGAGGAGUCUAUACUCAUCGCCGUGUCCAGUCCUCAUAGACAGGCUGCCUGGCGUGCGGGCGAGCAGGCCCUCGAGGAGUGUAAGGAUAGGGUCGAGAUCUGGAAGCGGGAGGAGUUCACUGGCGAAGAGGGCGUGUGGCGGGCUAACCGCGAUGGCAAGAUGGGUGUCAAGGUGACAGAAUGAAGGUAAAGAACAAGUGGAGGAAAGAAUUCAAUGUUUCACUAAUCUCAUACUCGCUGCAUAUGCUCCAGUGUGGACAGUCGGUCGACACCCAGUCCUUGCCAUUCAUCAUCACAUCAUUCCCAGUCAGUCCUGCGCACACCCAUCGCAGCACUUCUCGCAGCCUAUCCC